CACAAGAGCUAAAUAAAAUAUAAAGUUGCAAUCUUUUGCAAGCAAAAACAUAAUUCAAAGCUCAACAACAAAGAUACACACACACAGAGAGAGUACACACACUGAGGGUGGUGAGGUAGAGAGUUCUAAGUAGUUGGCCUGUUUUGAAAGGAAGGAGGCUAGAAAAGGUGUCUGUGAAGAAAAGAAGCAUGUUGUUCCACACUAAGAAAGAGGCUGGCUAGAGGGCUAGAGAGAGAAACUCGUUUAUAUACUUACAUGUGUGUUUGUAGAGAGAGAGAGGGAGAGGGAGAGAGGGAGGGAUGAUGGUGUAGCUAUAGGUAGCUGUUGUGGGAGUUGUUUAAGUUGUUGCAGCUUUCUGGAAGGUUUCUGAAGGUUGGAGAAAUAGUUAAGGGAGAAACAGUAAUGCUGAGAACAUGGGGAAGAAGGGAAGCUGGUUUUCAGCAAUCAAAAGAGUUUUUGCACACGACUCAAAGGAGAAGCCAUCCCAUGGAUCAGAUAAGAAAAGCAGUAAGGAAAAGAAGAAGGGGAAAGGAAUUUUUAGGCAUGGAGAAACCAAAUCAUUCAUUCCUCUCUUCAGAGAGCCAAGUAGUAUCGAGAAAAUAUUAGGGGAAGCAGACGAACUGCUGAUUAGGCCUCCUACAUCUUCCGAACAGCUGAAAACUCCACCUGCUUUGCCUUGGAGGCCGAAUUCUCCAAGGGUUGCUUCACAUAAGGCUGCUCCCCAUAUAGCUUCUUCCCCUAAAGCUGCUUCUCCAAGAGUUUCUUCUGCAAGGAUCACUUCUCCAAGGGCUACUUCCCCGAGGGUUGUUUCUCCCAGGGCUUUACUUCUAUCCACGUUCACUCAUGUGGCCGCUUCUUCUUCCAAGACCGCUUCUCCGAAGGUGCCGCAAAGCCGCAAGGAAAUUAGCUAUGUGCAGAGGCCAGAACUGACUCUAAGGAACCAACACCUUUCAGCCACUAAGAUCCAGGCAGCAUAUAGAGGUUACUUGGCACGGAGGAAUUUCAGAGCUUUGAGGGGAUUAGUGAGGCUUCAAGGAGUGGUAAGAGGGCAGAAUGUAAAGCGACAAACGAUGAAUGCUAUGAAACAAAUGCAGCUAUUGGUCAGGGUCCAAACACAAAUUCAGUCACGGCGGAUACAAAUGUUGGAAAACCAGGCAUUCCAGCACCAAGCUUACAGAAAUGAUAAGGAAGUCGAGAGUACCCUGAGCAAAUGGACCUUGAACCAACUGACUGAGGCUGGUCUUAGUGAAGAUUGGGACGAUAGUAUGCUGACAAAAGAGGAAAUAGAAGCAAGGUUACGGAGAAAAGUGGAGGCAAUCAUUAAAAGAGAGAGAGCCAUGGCCUAUGCAUAUUCUCACCAGCUGUGGAAAGCUAAUCCGAAAUCAACACAAAGUCCGCUCGACAUUCGAUCCAAAGGAUUUCCCUGGUGGUGGAACUGGUUAGAGCGUCAGUUGCCCCCUGAGAGCACUACUCAGAACCAAGCUGCUAAGAAGAAUUUCCCAUUAACUCCUCCAAGGCCUGUUUCAGAUUACAAGCCGAGUCCUCAACUCAACCCAACUAACUAUAAGCACUGCAAUUUCACUUUCAACAAUCAAGAAGCUACUACACCCGAUUCAUCGGUCCCUGUUAGAGCAAAACAGUUUCAGAUGACCCCGAGUAGGACACCCCCACCGGCAAGCAAUGGCUCGGGUUUCAUGAAGUACACAAAACCAAGAGGAAGUGGAGCUAAUUCAACUUACGACCUCCCAUUGAGGGACGACGACAGCCUCACGAGUUGCCCUCCAUUUUCCGUUCCGAAUUAUAUGUCGCCUACCGUCUCAGCUAAGGCCAAAGUGAGAGCAAAUAGUAAUCCAAAGGAGAGAGUUCCAGGGACUCCAGGCAACGAUUCAAAGAGAAGAUUUUCGUUCGCUCUCACUCCAAAUAUUGGUCCUUUCAAGUGGAGUAAAGGGUCUAACAAAGAUUCUGCCUCUCAAAAGGUAUUGGAAAAACACCAGUCCUCACAUUCUAUUGGAGAUUUGAGCGUUGAUUCGACUGUUUCGAUGCCCGCUAUCGUCGGGAGAAAGCCCUUUAACAGAUUUGUGUGAUUUUUUCUAUAUUUCUUGCAUGUUCUUCUUAUGUUUUUUUCUGUUUGUUAAUCUUUGUAUUAUGUUUCCUGAGGGUGUUUCCAUUUUCAUACUUAUAUGAAUGUGUCCAUUGAAUUAUAUUCUGAUUAAAGCACAUUUAUCAUUUAUGUGAAAUAAUGGAGCAAAAAUAGGAGUCAGGAGAUGUUGGCCUGAUCAUAUAUUUAGAAACUGUGUAAUUUUUUCAAA